AUGGCAACAGGGAGUUAUCUGCGUGACCUUCGAACAUCACGCCCACCGCGUCCCAAGGGCUCACGGCCGCUUCCCUCGAAGGACUCUGAACCAGCUCCCGUCAACAUAAAUGACGUACCAGCCAGACCGGCUUCUUCAUUCUCUACGAGACCAUCCGAUAAUGGGCAUUCAAGGACGAACUCCAGGGACAUCAUUCCCCGCUCGUCCAGUGCUCUCUCACAUCGACGGACUACCUCUGAGCUGUCAUCACAUACCGCCAGCUCAAGUGGAACACCGAUGAUCCCCGAAUCUGAAGUGUAUAACGGGCCGAGAAAUAUAUCACAAUCUGGGAGUAGCUUGGUGUCAGCAAACCCUACCGCCGUGCCAUACAUAGAACGAGGUCAAAGAUGGAUGGAAAGACAAGAAGUCAGGUCUCUAAGGACGGCAUUGGAAGAAAUGGAUGUCCAGGAGGAUGAGAAUCGGCUAUUCGAGGCAGCUCAGGAGGAGGCCACAGAACUCGUUUUGGAGCACCAGACUCAUGGCUUUAAACCUAAGGACACCAACUCGGCGUACAGGAAUCCCGACAUGAAUAAUGUUAGCAGACUUCGGCAGCAUCUCGAGAAGGGCAGUCACACGAGGACACCGAGUCUCGGGACACGCGGAGAGCCGAGUUGGGGGCAGCCUAGACCUGAAAGUAGGCGGUCUGCAUCAGGCAGUUCAAGUGGAAGCAAUUCAGGCUCCGACAAACUUCCUUCAUAUUACGGAAUAAAUACAACGAGUGGGACCAAAUCAUCAGUUCCUGAAAACUUGUCAUCAUUAAAUGUGGCGAAGAAAGGGAGCUUACAGCGAAAGCGAAGGGUGAACUUUGCUCUACCUGACGGCGGAAUCGACAAGAAGGGCGAGAAUCAAGCAGCUGAGAGCCGUAGAAGGUCCAGCAGCGGCGGCUCUUCCAAGGGAGUAUUCAGGAACCCAGAAGAUUCGAUUUAUGAAGAACCUGAAGAUGUCAAUACAAACGAAGAGCCCAACAUAACUAAACCCACUGAGCCUAUCUCUGCUUUAACAAGCAAGCCAUAUAACUCUGUUCCUCGAGGCGCACGGCCUUUGCCAAACAGAUGGGGUACUGUCCCUACGGGAGGAAAGCCAGAUCGAUUUGAUAUACAUAAAAACCCACCAAGCCAGACCAGAAACCCCCUUUACACGACAAAUUCCUACACUCCACGGGAAAAAACUCCAGAGCCAGAGAAUGAACCAGACAUCCCCACCAAGAAUGGCAUUGAAAUUCGUGAUGAUGAAAUUCGCGCCGCGACAAGCAUGAGAUUGAGAGACAGAAGCGCGAAGCUCCCAAUGCCUUCAGCCGUGAGCGACAAACCUGGACGGCCGAUUGUGAGCUUUGAUCCCAAUUGGAAAGAACCCGAGAAGGAACGGUCUGCCAGCCCGCCGAACAGUGAAAUACGUCAGGGUAACAGACAUGGUACCCCUAGGCAGUCCACAGGCUCCAGCGUCACUCCACCUCCAGCUUCUAUACCUGAAGUUAGCAUCAGCGGUCCAACAGUCCCCAGUAUCAACAUUGAGGGUGAAGGCCCAACCGCACCAGAGAUUCGCAUAUCUUCACUCGGACCUACAAUAUCUGAAAUGGAGCAAGCUGGUCAAAACCAGCAUAAGAGAGACCUGCCGAUUCCCGGGCAGAAACAGUCCCACCGACGCCCGAACUCCGUUAACUCUGGAAUUGAAAGAUAUCAGUCCCUCUCGAAGGCGGGUGUCCCAACAGCAACCUGCGUCGCUUGCGAUCUAUCCAUCUCAGGGCGUAUCGUAACUGCAAGCUCAUACCGCCUCCAUCCUGAAUGUUUCAACUGUUUCCACUGCCACACUCCUCUUGAAUGCGUUGCCUUCUAUCCUGAGCCAGAUGAGAAACGUCAAGAAAAGUUGUCACAGCUGGAAUCUCGACAUGAUCUAGGACCCGAAGUACCACGAUUCUACUGCCACUUAGAUUUCCACGAGCUAUUCAGUCCACGAUGCAAGAGCUGCAAAACGCCCAUCGAAGGUGAGGUUAUCGUCGCGUGUGGCUCGACGUGGCACGCUGGCCAUUUCUUCUGCGCCGAAUGCGGUGAUCCAUUUACGCCAUCCACUCCUUUCGUUGAAAAGGAGGGAUUCGCAUGGUGCAUCCAUUGUCACUCUCGACGUACCGCAUCUAAAUGCAAAGCCUGCAAGAAGCCGGUACUUGAGGAUGUAGUUGUCUCUGCACUUGGAGGUCAAUGGCACGAGGAAUGUUUCCGGUGUCAUGAAUGUCAGGGCUCCUUCGGGCCUGACGGACGCUUUUUCGUGAGGCAAGGGAAACCCAAGGUAAAUGCAAGGGGAAGACAGAUUGGCGGUCCAGUCGAGCUACCAGUCUGUGAGCCUUGUGAGUCGAAGAGGCUGAAGGCAUGA